ACCUGAAAUUCAGAGGGCCACCGCGGAGUGCCGAGUCAUUUCGCUGCGCCCGGACGUUUUUGUACGUAUUUCUCGAACAGUUUUCGCAUGAUUUUUUUAUAAAUAUGGACCGUCUAUUGAGAUUAGGAGGGAACUUGUCCGGUCUCGGGCAGGCUCCUCCAGCCAGUGAUGGACCAGUGGUCGACACGGCCGAACAAGUUUACAUCUCGUCUCUAGCGUUGCUCAAGAUGUUGAAACACGGCCGAGCUGGUGUGCCGAUGGAGGUGAUGGGUCUCAUGCUGGGAGAAUUCGUUGAUGACUAUACCGUCAGAGUCAUAGACGUCUUUGCCAUGCCCCAGUCUGGAACGGGUGUUAGUGUGGAAGCAGUAGACCCUGUAUUCCAAGCCAAAAUGUUGGACAUGCUGAAGCAAACAGGAAGGCCCGAAAUGGUGGUGGGCUGGUACCACUCACACCCUGGCUUUGGCUGCUGGCUGUCCGGUGUCGACAUCAACACGCAACAGAGCUUUGAAGCCCUUUCGGAGCGUGCCGUGGCAGUGGUCGUUGACCCCAUCCAAAGUGUCAAGGGAAAGGUGGUGAUAGAUGCUUUCCGCCUUAUCAACCCCAACAUGAUGGUGCUAGGGCAAGAGCCUCGGCAGACCACAUCAAACCUCGGACACCUGACAAAACCUUCUAUUCAGGCUCUAAUCCAUGGUCUCAACCGUCAUUACUACUCCAUCUCAAUUAAUUACCGCAAGAACGAGCUCGAACAGAAGAUGCUGCUGAACUUGCACAAGAAGAGCUGGACAGAUGGGCUGACCCUGCAGGACUACGACCAGCACUGCCAGGUCAAUGAGAGCACAGUGACAGAGAUGCUCGAGCUGGCGAAGGCCUACAACAAGUCCCUGGAAGAUGAGGAGAAAAUGACCCCAGAGCAGCUCGCCAUCAAAAAUGUUGGAAAGCAGGACCCCAAGCGGCAUUUGGAGGAGCGGGUGGACGUUCUCAUGACAUCAAACAUUGUUCAGUGCCUCGGAGCAAUGUUGGACACCGUUGUGUUCAAGUGAUGGUGUGCCCUUUAUUUAAGACCAAAGUGGUUGCAACUGCAGCAGCAGGGUGGACAAGUGCUUCUGGUGCUUGCAAAGAGGGAACAACAAAGGAAGAGGAAUGCGCACUACAUAAAGUGCUCCGAUGUGUGUAUGUGCCAGAGGGGGCUGUUGAUUAAACUGUUUUGCAACCAGCGGA